UUUCUGAUUAUUGCACAGAUAGAUUGAAAUGGCAACUGAAACAGCAGCAACCGAAGGAGCCACCGCCGCGGAGACGACUCUCAUCGGAACGGAGAACUUGGCGCCACAGACGGUUCCGCACAAGCUGGAAAGAAAAUGGACUUUUUGGUUCGACAACCAAUCAAAACAAGGCGCCGCCUGGGGUACUUCUCUCCGUAAAGUUUACACCUUCGAUACCGUUGAGGAGUUUUGGUGUUUGUAUGAGCAAAUAUUCAAGCCAAGCAAGCUAACUGCAAAUGCUGAUUUCCAUCUGUUUAAAGCUGGAGUUGAACCUAAAUGGGAAGAUCCCGAGUGCGCUAAUGGCGGCAAAUGGUCUGUUGCUUGUGGCAGGAAGACUCAACUUGAUACCAUGUGGCUCGAAACUAUGAUGGCUUUGAUUGGAGAACAAUUUGAUGAUUUGGAUGAGGUUUGUGGUGUGGUUGCUAGUGUACGACAAAGGCAAGAUAAACUUGCAUUGUGGACCAAGACGGCAACAAAUGAGGCUGUCCAGAUGGGCAUCGGCAAGAAGUGGAAGGAGAUUAUUGAUUGCACCGAUAAGAUUACUUACAGCUUCCAUGACGAUUCUCGGAGGGAUAGAUCUGCGAAAAGCCGUUAUAAUGUAUGAGCUUUUGUGGAGCGUUUUAUCGUAUGGCAUUCUUGAACACCAAGCAAUUAAAAGUAUUUUACUGGAGAACACCUGGAUGGAUGCAUUGAAAUGCUUCUGAAUUUUGUUGUUUGCCAAUUUUUUGCGUCCAUCAAGGUAUCGCAGCAUCUGGCAAUUUGUAUGAGAGAUUGAAAGGAAGAGGAAGAAACCGAAAGAGACAGAUUUCGUGUGUAAUACAUAUUUUAGCAGAAAUACAUUUUGUCAAUUUGAAUCA